UGACUGAGAGCAAAACUGACGUUUCCUCUUCAGUGAAAAUCCUCCAGCCAAGCUGUGCGCUAACAGAGUAGGCGAUUUCACUUCGUCACUUCACAAAAGACUUCCAAAUUCACUGCAGCAGACACUGCAAAAUAAAAAUGUUAAGUACAUCCUAGCUUGUGGCGGGGGAGACGGAAGGCUCCGUGUUCAAUCAAAGGUUUGCAAUAAUAGGAUUCAUUUAAGAGGGGGGGGAAAAGGACAGAUGGGAUUAGGAAAUGUUGCAGUGAGGCUGUCAUGAGAGGAACAGGCAGCCUGCCUUUUGUGGACUUGCACAAUGAUCGCAGAGCCAGACUGGCUUAGGAGACCCUGGGACUAGAGCUCCAGAGAGAAGCCACCAGCUCCCGGACACCCUGCAGGGCAGGGGGCUGAAACCAUGCAUCAGAUCUACAGCUGCAGUGAUGAGAAUAUUGAAGUCUUCACCACAGUGAUUCCUUCCAAGGUGUCCAGUCCAUCCAGGAGAAGAGUCAAAAGCUCUCAACAUCUUUUGACCAAGAAUGUGGUGAUCGAGUCGGACCUGUACCCACCGAGGCCCCUGGAGCUGCUGCCUCAACGCUGCUGCGAGCGCCGGGACACAGCGGACCGCAGGCUUGGCAGGCUGCAGACUGGCAAGCAGCAGCCCGCCCGGCCACCCGGGGUGCACUCCGCCAAAACCCCGGCCAGACCUGCGGGGAUUUCUGAACCCAAAGCAUCGAAUCUGUGUGGGAGCCGAGCAUACGGGAAAUCGCUGAUUCCUCCGGUGGCCAGGAUCUCCAUGAAAGCUCCGGCUGCGGUGGACGUGGCAGCCAGGGGUUCAGAAAACGGAUCUGUUCUGGGAAGGGGAUCCAGAUACCUCAAGAAGACAGCAGAAGAGUACCCAACUCUUCCCCAGGGAGCCGAAGCCUCCCUGCCGUUAACAGGCAGUGCUUCCUGUGGUGUUUCUGGCAUCCUACGAAAGAUGUGGACCAGGCACAAGAAGAAGUCUGAAUACGUGGGAGCCACCAACAGCGCCUUUGAGGCCGACUAAAGGUGACCUUUCUUGGGCGCCUUGCACUGGCCAAGGUUCACAGGAGAAGUGUUGAGGACUGGGACUGAGCUGCCCUCCCUCUGCUGGUUGUGGUCCAAACACAUCAUCCUCCCUUACGCUCUAGCAUGGGGCAUGCAGAGUAACAUCCCCAGAAGGCAGGAAAGCAGAACUGCUAAAGCACCGGACUUUAAAGUCUUUUUGGGAGAUUAUAAAGAUUACAUCCCUGUCUUUAGGCAAAAGCAAACACCAGAAGCACCAAAAGCAAACUUUUCCUGGCCCCGUUUGAAAACCCUCCAAGGAAAACAGAAGGCAGUUGCUCUGUCUUCUCGAGUUUUCCCAAAAAUGUAUGAUUCCUGGUGUCAGUGUAAAAGCUUGAUUCUGAGGUUCUCAGAACACAACAGUUCUUACUUUUCUCACUUUGUGUCUGUUUUGCCUUGAUGAAACAUUUCGUCUUAACUUUGUUCUAAUAUCUACUUAACAGCAUCCACCAUCACUCACUCUGCUCUGCUAUCCAUGGGCAUGACUGCAUGAGUUCUUUUAGGAGCAUUUUUAAAGCACUUAAAACUUCAGUGUUAAUCUUAAUGUGUUAUAUUUUGUGAAGUGGUACAAUUGCCCGGCCUUGUACAAUGGCUUCAACCCGGAGAGUGUUUUUUCCAUUGUUGUCUCUUCUUAUCAUUACAAAGCCACUGCUAAGAACGUACUGUUGUCCCCAGCUUACAGAUGGGGAAACUGGGGACGUUACGUGACCAGACAGCAGGUUGUGGGACUGUCACCAAAUCUAAGCUUCUCUCUAAUUACUGUCUGAUGAAGUUGGAACAAAGAAGUGAUUUGGAUGAAAUGCAUCAUUAUGUAUUAGAUAAGUAAGGUGGAUAUGGUAGCAGGGGACAGGAAAGCCACCUUCUCAAAAGGUUCAGGCAGGAGGAUCGCAUGUUUGAUGCAUGUCUGGGAGGCUGAGCAGACCGUGACUCAAAAACAAAACAAAACACACACACACAGAGAGAGAGAGGGAGAGAGAGAUUAUGCAUUAGAUGAAACCAAAAGAUAUUGCCAUUUUCUAAGUUGAAAACAGCUGGAAGAAUCUAUUUCCUGUGGCUCAAACUAUUUACUAUCACUUAAAAUGAUCCUAUAAGAUCAUAUAAGAGAUAAUGGUAACCAUAGCUAUCAUUUGUUAAAUGCCUACCUGCCCUGUGCCAGGCACAAUGCUGAGCACUUGGCAUGAAUUACUCUAUUCUUUCUAACAGCUAACUUAGGUGAAUUUGUCCACUGUGUAUGUAGAUACUAAUCCAAAAAGGUUAAGUGUGUAGGUUGAAGAAACCUGGCUCUAAGUGUCUGACUUCAAUGACCGUAUUGUAUCUUCCCCUUCACCCAAAAUGGGAAGCAGGGAGGACUGAAGUGAGCAAAGAGUCUUCAUCUCCAAAGGCCUGGAAUUCAGUGUGGAGAUAGAAUCUCAGGUAUUAACAUGCAGAGAUUGAUGAGUGGUGUCUGUCUGUGGAGAGGUCGGGAGCACAGACCUUAUCUAUUUCUCAUCUGUGGCUUCAAUUCUGCCCUACAAGUUUUGUUUCUUAAUUAAGACAUUUUAAUUAAUCUGAUCUUCUUAAUUAACGCAGAAACACUGAAGUAAAAUUUAUCCCAAUUGUGUCGAGACCCACCAUGUCUUGGCACAGGAAAGAGUUUGAAGAGUUUGGGUCUCGGGCUCCCUUCUGCGUGCUGUUCUGUGAACACUUGUCUCCUGUUCCUCAUACUCUAGGUCAAACCCAGAUGUCCAGGCUUUCGCCUUGCUUAUUGCUGCUCUUCAGCCUCUGCUUUAGACCCUGAGCAUCUGACCCUGAAGGGGUCUGGGACUCAGGGGCUAGUCUCAGUGAACCAGCCAAUGUCACACACAGUACUAAGCUGAAAUCCGGAACAAAGUUAGGGAAGAAACAGGUCAUAGAAUCCCCAGUGAUUGAACUUAUUUAACUUAAAAUUUGAUGUCUUAAACGUGUGUGUGGCACCUGGAGAUUUAUGUAUAGACUGGACCUCACUUAUUUAUCUUUAAUUUAAAUAUUUUAUGGUGAAAUGUUUGUAGAACAUUUCAUUUGGCUAAUUCAAAUCAAAAUAAAGUUCGCUUCAUUUGUGACAUUAAUAAACCCCUUGAAGAGCGUGUCUGAGGCUCCCUCACUCAAUGAGAGAAGAUUUGCACAACAGGA